UUUUUUUCUUUUUUAAUUUUUUUUAUCACCCCAUAAAAAAUCAAAACCAAAUUCCAUUCCCAAUGUGAAAACACUUCCAAAAGCUUGAGCCUUUGAAUCAUCCAACACACACCAACACCACAAAGCUGAAACCUUUUCUUCGUUUGCUCUUAUUCAUAUUCUUAUUCUUAUUCUUCUUCUCUCCUUCUAUUCCUACUCUUCGUCACCAACAAAACACAUCUCUGACCUGUCUCAAUCCGUGUCUUCAAAGUACAAACCUUAGUUAGAUCCACUUGGGUCUUUAUUGCAGAGGCUUCUUAAUGGCCAACUCUUGAUUAUUCAUGGGGUCGAUCAAUGAUUUCUGUGUCAUCCUUGUUCUCGUCAAAGAUGGAGCCUUUGCAUUCAAAUAUCCCUUCUUUUGAAUCAUAGGCUUUGUGAACUUUUCUGUGUGGGUGGGUGGAAGCUAGGGAUCUUUCAUUUCUCAUUUCUUUUUCUUCUGUUUUUAUUCAAUUGCCACCAUUUUUAUAUUUUUAAGCCUCGGAAAAUGCAAUCCAGUGGGCCUGAAUCAGCAAGCCCCAUCACAAACCGGGUUCAGUCCUUGUCUUCUGCUGAGACAAGAGGGAAGCAUAGGGUACAUGCAGAAGUGAAGAGGUUGGAACAAGAAGCAAGGUUCUUAGAGGAAGAGCUGGAACAACUUGAAAGGAUGGAUAAAGCAUCUGCACCAUGCAAAGAAACACUCAGUAAUGUGGAAACAAGACCCGAUCCGUUACUACCAACAACUAUUGGCCCCCUAAAUCCUUCAUGGGAUCGAUGGUUUGAAGGCCCUCAAGAAUCUAAAGGCUGCAGGUGCUGGAUUCUCUGAUGAUCAAUGGAUACCUGCUAUAUUUCAUUGACCAAGACCUCACCAAACACAUUCUACAGUUUUACCCUUUCUUUUCUUUUUUCCUAUUUUCUUUUUCACCCACCUUCUUUGAUCCAGGAUUGAGCAGAGAAUUUGAGAGUUUUGAAACAGUAUUGUUAUUGGCAAAUUUUAAUGGAAUGCUUCCUUGUGCAGAUGACAAUUUAUAGUAUAAACAUAGCUAUAUGUGCUUCAGAUCAUAAUUACCAAUACCUUGUUAAUGAUUAUUUGAGAUUUUUUCUUUC